GUCGGAAUGAAUAACUAGUAAGUUCAAUUCAGUUUUUCUUCAAGUGUAUUUUGCUAGCAGGGAGGAUGGCGCGUUUAAUAAGAUUGGAGCAGGGCAAACAACUUGCCUUUCUACUGGAACAACCAGAAGAAGUCCUAAUAGAGUUCUGCAAAUUGGCCAUCGAAUAUAUAAACGCUGGAGUGAACGAUAAGAAAUGUACCGUUGCUGCAAAAAAGCUUUCUACUACCUACGAAACGGUACGUGGUGCACUGGAGGCAUUAGUUGCAUUGCUAAUUGAUAGCACCAAACUGGCAAUCGCGGAACGCGAAUUCUAUGCGGCCAUUGCAUCGUUGGACAGCAUCAAUGAGAAGCAAAGCGAAAUUCUCUGGCAAUUUGUUAUCAGCAAGCGGAAUUUAGUCGAUAAUGUACUACGCGCAUCCUGUCAAGAUGAGUUGUAUUUCCGUGAGCUAGAAUGGCGUAUUGAGGGACGCAUAGCUUCGCGUAGACAACGGUCUCAAGCAUCGCCGGUCAUAAAGAUGAAAUUUCAUUUGGACAAGGAAUGUGUAAGUGAAUAUCGCGAGAAGCUGGGCGCAUCCUCUCCGGAUCGUGAUACAACUGAAUCUUCAAAAAAUUCGGAUCGAACUAGACGGGAGGUUUUGGCGGAAACAGAUCCGAUUAUGCUGCAGCACAUGAUUCAGGUGUUGGAACAGGCACUACUCGACGCAAGGACUCGUCGUGUUCGGAAUUAUGUUAAGCCAACUCAGAGUUGAUUGUAAAUCUAGAUGUAUUACCAUCCGAGCAAAUGCUUUACAUAAACAUUCUAUUUUAUC